GCACUUAAAGACACAUUAGUAGCUAAACAUGGCGGACGCGGAUGAGCCGUAAGUAGCUGAUGAAGAAACAAGCAAGAAAACAGUCAUUAACUGCCCGAAAGAUGCUUUCACAUCUUAUUAACUUGAGGAAGCACAGCAUGAAUGAACCUUCUUUUAUUCUCUCUUUUAGGGAGAAGAAAAGAAGGAGAGUAGUGGAGCUGACUGAGAAGUUAGUGAUGAAUUGCUAGAACUGACGGCAGGUUUGAGGGUUACUUGGCAGGAGGAGGAAGGUUAACGUAAGCUAGGCUAACAGGCUGACACUGAAGUGGUGCUAACAGUACCCUGGAAUAUGUCAGGGACUAAACCUAUUAGCUGUGAACGAGUAGUCAUCAGGUCCAUUCAGUAAACACAGAGCGGUAUCAUGAAUCUCUUGGAGGUUUUAACUGUGCCUUCUUACCAUGAACGUGCUAGCCGUCACUUAGCUUAGCCGUGAAGCAGGAGAGUAAUGGAAGAGGGUCAGGUACGCCCACCUGUCAUAGAUAUGCAGAUUAACUAUAUCACACCAGAGCGUUAGACAUGUUGGGACAGGCGCUGAUACAGUAGGGGGACAGGCAAGGCAAUCAAACACAACUAGGUUUUAGGCACCUUAGUAAUUUCUUGAACUAGUUUAGUUAUGCCUUGAACGGCUAUAAACAGUGAAUAGUUAUUGGGCGCCAAAUGUAAAAAUUCAGUCACCGUUUAAUUGGUGACAUUUUGUGACACAUUUAUCAAACUUUUCUCACAUUUAGCUUGUUUUUCUUUCAUUUGAGACUAAGAUUAAUGUAAAACAACAUGUUCUUUUUAUUUGUUAAACAUGUUCAGACAUGAAAAAUGAAUUUAAAUCUAAAUGUUAAAUAGAAAUAUAAAUCCUAAAUCUAAAUGUUAAAUAUAAAUAUAAAUCCUAAAUCUAAAUACAAAUGUUAAAUGUAAAUGCUCAAUCUAAAUCUUGACUAUAAAUAUAAAUCCUAAAUAUAAAUAUAAAUCCUGAAUAUGAAUCUAAUUCUUAAAUCUAAAUCUAGAAAUGUAUAUUUAACAUUUAGUUUUAGAUUUAGGAUUUAUAUUUAAGAUUAAGAUUUAUAUUUAGCAUUUAGAUUUAUUUGUCAUGCCUACACAUUUUUAAUAAAUAAGAACAUGUUAUUUUACAUGAAUCUCAGUCUCAAAUGAAAGGAAAACAAGCUAAAUGUGAGAAAAGUGAGCUAACUCUUCACAAAAUGUCACCCAUUAAACAGUGACUGAAUUUUACAUUCGAUGCCCCAUAAAAUAGUAUCCAUACUGUGUUAGUCACUCACAUUCUAGAGGUUAUUAUUUGCAUGAUUUUUUUUCCCGUGUAAUAACACAUCAUUAAGUGGUGUGCAUGCAUUUUGUCAAUACAGACUGAGAUGUUUAGAGAUACUGCUGAUGAUUGAUCCUGCUGAUGAUUGAUCCUAAAUGGACUUAUUGUUGUCCUCAGGAUGGUGGUUGAUGGAUAUAAUGGACGAUGCAGUGAGUGGGAGGGGCGCUGGAACCAUAUCAAAAAGUUUCUGGAAAGAUCGGGACCCUUUACGCAUCCUGAUUUUGAACCCAGCACACAGGUAAUAGUUACAGGUACAAGUAUAAUCUGUCAUCUAGUAUUUCUUAAGUAUAAUAUGUAUCUUUCACUUCUAACCAUAGUCUUUGCAGUUUAUGUUGGAGACCUGCAGAAUUCUGAUCAUCGGUGCUGGUGGCCUGGGGUGUGAGCUGCUAAAAGACUUGGUAUAAUAACCAUUUUUGUGCAUAUGUGGAAUAUGUAACUCCAGGUUAAUAUUAACUAUUAAUAAAUAGUAAAACUUUGUGCAUUGUCAACAUUGUCUUGGCUCAGGCAUUGUCCGGCUUCAGAAACAUUCAUGUCAUAGACAUGGACACCAUUGAUGUUUCAAACCUGAAUCGUCAGUUCCUCUUCAGGUCAGCAGUAUUUAUUUUGUGAAUAUUCUGUAAACUUGGGAUUUCUUUGAUGAUCAGUAAAUACAAAGCAAGGAAACAUGUUCUCUUAAUGCCUGUAUGAUGUUUUAACAGGCCAAAAGAUGUGGGUCGACCAAAGGCGGAUGUUGCAGCAGAUUUCAUCAACAGCCGCAUACCUGGGUGCUGUGUGGUCCCGUAUCCUUUUGAUUUUUAUUUGUUUAUUUUUGUAAAAAAAAAAAACAUUUUUAGGUGCAUUAUCUUAAAAAAUUACCCAACUACAAUAUACAUGAUUCAUAAAUGCUGCAAUCAGAAUCAAGAAUCACAAUGUAAGGAUGAAGAAACAUUUGGGUUGUAUAAAGCUGUGAACACUGCUCAAUAUGGACUUUUUCUCAAUGGUUUGUGCAGACAUUUUAAGAAAAUUCAGGACUUUGAUGAAACGUUUUACAGACGUAAGUAGGACUGUGACCAUUUAUUCCUAACUUUUUGUAAUGUCUGGUUGGCAGAGGCCCAGGGAUGUAGUCAGCUGAAAUUCGAGUUUACUGCACAGUAGCGACUUUAGUGUUUUCACUGAAAAUAAACCUCUGGACUUCACACACACUCUGUGGUAUAUUUCAAAUAAUAUUAUGUGAUGUUUCACAACUCUGCAUCCAAAGUCUUCUGUUUUUCUAUUAUGAGAUUUCAUAAAUUGUUGCUGUUUGUAUUUAAUUAAUUGAUCUGUAUGUGAUCUUCCAGAGUUUCAUAUAAUUGUCUGUGGGCUGGACUCCAUAGUCUCCAGGAGGUGGAUGAAUGGUAUGCUGGUAAGUUGUCUGCUCUGCAAUCUUACAGUCCUCUUUCUCUUUAACUUAAUGUGUUCACUCUGUUGCUUGCAUCAUAAACAGGUGGAGUUGCAAGAUGUUGUGGUUCAAAGAAAUCUUUCAGUCAUUCUAAUGCAAUCCUUAUUUCUUUCUGCACAGCUGUCUUUGCUGGUGUAUGAGGAUGGUGUGUUGGACCCAGGUUCCAUCAUUCCUCUGAUUGAUGGUGGGACAGAGGGCUUUAAAGGCAACGCUAGAGUCAUUCUUCCUGGCAUGUCAGCCUGCAUUGACUGUACCCUCGAGCUUUACCCUCCUCAGGUGAGGUGGCAAAACUCUGUAUUACUACAGAAACAGUUUCAGUGUGUUUAAUGCCUGUCAUUGUAGGUAAACUUCCCCAUGUGCACGAUCGCCUCCAUGCCUCGUUUGCCAGAACAUUGCAUUGAGUAUGCCCGGGUGCUGCUUUGGCCAAAAGAGAAACCAUUUGGGGGUAAGAAGUGACACUGAAGUUGUAAAGAUAGUAGUGAAAUAAUGUCCUUACAUUGAUGAUGAUCUGUAAAAAUGACCCGAGGCUUAAAAUAACGCACCCUUUGUUACUUUGUUUUUAUAAGUAAACUUAAAUUCUUGUUUGUGUGGAUCAGACGAAGUGGUCCUGGAUGGGGAUGACCCAGAACACAUCCAGUGGGUGUAUCAAAAAUCUCUGGAGAGGGCAGCAGAGUUUAACAUCACAGGAGUGACAUACAGACUGACACAGGGUAAGCACACAGAGAACACCUGUCAGCCGGGUGACACAGCUUCUCUUUGCAGAGCUUAUUUGGAAGAUAAGCCAAAGUACACAAGAGCAAGUGAACUAUAGCUUUGUAAAUUAACCUUUUUUAGUUGAGCAUCCUACACUGUGGCCUAUAUUUCCUUUGUGUGUUACGAUCGAAACAAAACUGCCUUACCAGUUGCCUUGUUUAGCAGAUUGAUGAGAGCUUCUAUUUUUGUAGCUGUUGUUAUGUACAUGUAAGAUUCAACAAUGAUUUCUAAGUCUUAUUAAUGUUUUGCAGGAGUUGUAAAGAGAAUAAUUCCAGCUGUUGCCUCUACAAAUGCUGUCAUAGCUGGUAAGUUGUUAAAACUGAAUAGAUAUUAAACUUUUGCCAUAAAGUCAUGUGGAACUGAUGCUUUUUAUGGGAGUUAUGACCUGCCUUAUACGGAUUAAUCAUCUACCAACAGUAUUGUGUGUAUUAACUUUAUGUACACAGACAUGAUGACCCAGAAAUAACACUUUUACUCUCCUCUGAUCUAUUGAACCAAGCUGCUUGUGCCACAGAGGUUUUCAAAAUAGCUUCAAGGUGAGAUUGAAUGCUCUACUGCUCAGUUAUAUGCACAAAUCGAAGAUCUUGAUUUACCACACAUGCCUGAAAAUGUUUCUCAUCAUGUAACCUUUAACAUUUACAGUGCCUAUAUACCUCUCAAUAACUACAUGGUCUACAAUGAUGUUGACGGCCUGUACACCUACACAUUUGAAGCAGAGCGGAAGGUUAUCAAUAAUUACAGUUAUUUUUUGCAUGUAUGUUUGCCACAUUCAUAAAGAUUUUUUUUGUUGAAAAUGUUUCUUUUUGUUUGAAAUACAGGAAAACUGUUCAGCUUGCAGCCAAAUACCCGUGGACUUGAACUUUUCUCCAUCCUCCAAACUUCAAGAGGUUUUGGACUUCUUGACUGAGAGUGCCUCACUGUAUGUUUCUCUACCUGAUUAGAAUCUAUUACCAGUGGUUAUACUGUGUAACUAUUUCAAAGGUUAUAUUUGCUUCAAGAAUUGUCCUCUACAAACAAAUAUGUGUUCCCCCCCACCAGACAAAUGAAAUCACCUGCUUUAACUGCAACAGUGGAAGGAAAGAACAAAACUUUAUAUUUACAGGUAAUAGACCUCUGGGGUUACAGUGUUUUGUUUUUAGUUGGAGGUUAACAGGUGUGACCUGAUGAAAUAUCAGUAUUAAGUACGUUAUUAAGGGUUUUACUUUGAGCUGACUCUCAACUGUUAUUUUUGUUCCAGUCUGUCGCUUCCAUUGAACAAAGGACGCGGCCAAAUCUGUCCAAAACCUUGAAAGGUGAGGUGCUUUAUGUAUUGGUGUGCCUUCACUCUGGAUUAGUUGAAUAAAGAGACUCUGAAUGUGCUUUUUCACUUGAAUUAUGAUUCACGAACAUGUUUUUUUCCAGAGCUGGGCCUGACUGACGGACAAGAGCUAGCUGUUGCUGAUGUCACCACACCCCAGACCAUGUUGUUCAGACUUUGCUUCACUUCCUAGGAUAGACUGAAGCACUCCCACACACAGCUGAUGUUAUUUGUUUAUGUUGGCCAACUAUGACUUGAUGCAGGUUAUUUAAAACAGCCUAAAAAAGUAGGACAUUUUACAGUGCACCAGAUCACAGAGUAAAUGGCUGUAGCUGAUUCUCUGGUUUUAUUGUUCUCAUCGAUUCAAGUUAAUGUUAUGCACUGAAAAGCCAAAUGGUCAUUGAUAUUCAUUUUCUGUAAAUAGCACAGAUUUUUGUAAUUCAGUUUCAUCCGCACUACAUCCAAAGGUGUACUCUGAGCAAACAAAGAGACAAGCAUUUGUGACUUUGUAAAAACAUGUUCGAUACUUGUUUUUGGUUUUGGAUAUCUCUUAAUAUUUAUUUAUUCUGACAUCUUUUUCAUUGAAGUAACCACUGGGGUGGGGCUUCACAUAUGUCAAUAUGUUUUGUGAACUGGAAUAAAAUGUUUUUCUAACAUUGA